CAAGUCCCAGGUAAAGCCAGCGACCAGUAGCCACAUUCCAGAACUCUAUUGUAAACAUGUGGGUAACAGGAAACAUACCUUACAAGUAUGCAGGUAGGAAAACCAUCUUACUUAUAGUGCAACAGAAAAUAAGAUGAAAACAAUAUGCUCACCGAUGUCGUCUUCCAUUUGUGAAGACAGCAAGAAAACAUUCUCAACUAUGCAAGAAUUCAGAAUAGAAUACUAUGUACCCCUUUGGCACACACACAGCAAAUGAGUGAGGAAUUUCAGAACCCAGAUAUGAAAGUGUCAAGGUGUCAUCAUACUGGCAGGCAGCAUUUAAACAAACUCCAGGUGAAGUUAAACCUAAGUAAUCGUUUUAAACCAUGGUUACAAAAUUAAGUGCAAAUGUCAGAAGCGAUUUUAAAAGAGUAAAUACAGGGAGCAGUGUGAAGAGGAAGAGGCGAGAACGACGCCCGGACCGACCAAAGCCCACGCGCUGCUGCAUCCCGUGCCCAGCGCCUAUAUCCCGCCGCAGUCGCCACCACCAUGCCCAAGAGAAAGGCUGACGGGGUUGCUAGAAGGGAUAAAGCCAAGGUGAAGGACGAACCACAGAGAAGAUCCACGAGGCGGUCUGCUAAACCUGCUCCUCCAAAGCCAGAGCCCAAGCCUAAAAAGGCCCCUGAAAAGAAGGGAGAGAAGGUACCCAAAGGGAAAAAGGGAAAAGCUGAUGCUGGCAAGGAGGGGAGUAACCCUGCAGAAAAUGGAGAUGCCAAAACAGACCAGGCACAGAAAGCCGAAGGUGCUGGAGCUGCCAAGGGAAGUGUGUGCAUUUUUGAUAACUGAGUACUUCUGGUGACUGUACAGUUUGAAAUACUAUUUUUUAUCAAGUUUUAUAAAAAUGCAGAAUUUUGUUUUACUUUUUUUUCUUAAGCUGUGUUGUUAGCACACAGAACACUUCAUUGUUGUUUUGGGGGAAGGAGCAUAUGUCACUAAUAGAAUGUUUCCAAAGCUGAAUUGAUGUGGGGAAACGCCUUUCCCUUCUAGUUUUGAGAGGCUUCCUCUUGGCUCCCAGCAGGAGGGAUUCCCUGACUUUGAUACACAUGGCCACCUUGGCACACAAAAGCCUUGUGGAUGGAAAAACAAAUUCAUUUUUACGUCCUCUUCUCCCUUUCCGUCUUUCAGCAUAGACUUAACUCCAUUGAGCCCAGACAUCUGCUGGGACCUGACCCCCAGUCAUUGGUUAGCAGUGUGUCAGGCAAUCUGGACUUGCCAGUGACACA